GAUUCUGCACACUUCACAGACUGUGGGAGGAAUGAUGAUGCAGAGUCACAGGCUGAGAUAGAACGAUGGAGCAGUAGAGGGAAGGAGGGGACGGAGAUAGGUGAUAGUAAACUAGAGUGAGUAAGACAAAGGAAGCACCAAGCCACAAAAAAAACCGGAGGAAGCAGAAGUGUGACACAUACGGUUCAUUCUGGCCUUAGUACGGACAGUUCACCUCCUUGGCACCUGAAGUUUCGCAGGCUCACGACGAAGGACUUCUAUUUUCUUUGAGUGCAGCUUUUGUUUUCACUCUGUUUUUAAAAUUUAUUUGAGCCAAUGCAACGCAGCGGAAAUAUACACCUGUGGCUGCUGGGGUCGGUGUUACUGAUCUGCCUCACCUCAGGGGUCAGGAGGGUGAAUGGAGACGUGGCGCCAACACAUCAGGAGCCCCCUCUGAAACUGUCAGAGUCCAAAUCAAGCUCGAAUCAGACUGAACAUGGCCAUGGCUCCAGCAUCACAGGAAUACCGAUCGUGACCUUUAAGUGGCACCAUGUGGAGACCCCUUAUCUAGUGGCAUUAUGGGUGUUGGUGGCUGGUUUGGCUAAAAUGGUCAUCGAGGCCAAUCACCACGUGACCAAUGUGGUCCCUGAGAGCGCCCUGCUCAUCUGCUUUGGCUUCAUUCUGGGUGCCAUGGUUUGGGGUGCAGACAAAGUCCAGACCUUCAAGCUGACCCCAACGGUGUUCUUCUUCUACCUGCUGCCACAAAUCAUCCUGGACACCGGCUACUCCAUGCCGAACAAGCUCUUCUUCGGUAACUUGGGGGGGAUCCUGGUCUACGCCAUCAUCGGGACCUGCUGGAACGCCGCCAGCUUGGGCCUGUCACUGUGGGGGUGUCAGGAGGGAGGAGCCAUGGGUGACUUGGACAUCGGUCUGCUGCAGUAUCUUCUCUUCGGCAGCCUGAUUGCUGCUGUGGACCCCGUAGCUGUCAUCGCCGUGUUCGAACAAGUCCACGUCAACGAGGUCCUCUUCAUCAUGGUGUUUGGAGAGUCGCUGCUCAACGAUGGCGUGACGGUGGUGCUCUUCAAUGUAUUUGAUGCGUUUGUGUCCCUGGGAGGAUCCCAAAUUGAUGCUAUGGAGAUCAUUAAAGGAAUAAUUUCCUUCUUUGUCGUGGCGUUUGGUGGUUCCCUCCUGGGCUUUGUGUUUGGCCUGCUGAUUUCUCUUCUGACCAGAUGCACUAAAAACAUCCAAAUCAUCGAGCCAGGCUUCGUCUUCGUCUUGGGAUACCUGUCCUACCUGACGGCUGAGAUGCUCUCCCUGUCUGCCAUCCUGUCGAUUGUCUUCUGUGGAAUAUGCUGUCAAAAGUACAUCAACUCAAACAUGGACGAGAAGUCCGUCGCCACAGUCAGAUACGUGAUGAAGGUUUUAGCCAACGGCUCUGAAACCAUCAUAUUCGUGUUUCUCGGUAUCUCGGCCAUCGAUAAGACAAUCUGGGUGUGGAACACGGGCUUCAUCCUGCUCACACUCUUCUUCAUCUUUGUGUAUAGAUUCAUUGGUGUCUUUUUCCUCACCUGGAUCCUGAACAAGUUCAGGCUCGUCCCCCUGGAGUUCAUAGAUCAGGUGAUAAUGAGCUACGGUGGCCUGCGAGGGGCUGUUGCUUAUGGCCUGGCCGCAAUGCUGGAUGAGACCAAGAUAAAGGAGAAGAAUCUGAUGGUCUGCACUACUCUUAUCGUAGUGUACUUCACAGUCAUUUUGCAGGGAAUAACAAUGAAACCUCUGGUCACCUGGCUCAAAGUAAAGAGAGCUGCAGUGAGCGAGCUCACACUCGUUGAAAAAGUGCAGAACAAGGUGUUUGAUCACAUGCUUGUUGCCAUAGAAGACAUAUCUGGACAAAUAGGACAUAACUACAUGAGGGACAAGUGGAAUCAUUUUGAGGAGAAGUGGAUGUCGUGGCUUUUGAUGAAGCCGUCUGCGAGGAAGAACCGUGACUACGUCUUCAAUGUCUUCCAUCAGCUGAACCUCAAAGACGCCAUGCGCUAUGUGGCUGAGGGCGAGCGCAGAGGCUCCCUGGAGUUCAUCCGCAAUGAAACUGCGUAUGUCGACUUCAAGAAAAAGUUUGGUGACGAUUUCUCAGAAGUCAUGCCUGACAUCAUGCCUGACAUGUCAGACGAUCAAGGUGCAAUGUCCUCCAUGAGAAGAGACCCCGUGCCAUCAGUAAGCCUAGAAAUGCAUGAGCAGACCAUGACGGGCAUGAGGGAAACAGAGGAAAUGAACACUCACCAUCUGCUGCAGCAGCAUCUGUACAAGGGCAGGAAACAGCACCGGCACAGGUACAGCCGGAGUCAUUUUGAUGUCAACAAGGAUGAAAAUGAGGUGCAGGAGAUCUUCCAGAGGACCAUGAGGAGUCGUUUGGAGUCUUUUAAGUCUGCAAAGAUGGGCGUUGCUCCACCAAAGCACAUUACCAAGUACACAAAGAAAGACCAACAGCAGAAGAUGCCAAAUGGAAAAUCAGUGGACAAAAGUAAAACCUAUUAUUCUGGUGAUGAAGAUUUUGAGUUCUCAGAGGGAGACAGCGCGUCAGGAAGUUCGUUCCCCAUGAGGGUUACCUACAGAGCAGGAGCUGGAAUUGAGAACCCAGCCUUCAUGCCUGAAAUGGACCCCAUGGCACAGGUGCAGAUCCCCCCCUGGCUGGCGGAGGCCGAGCUCGACAGCAGCAUGGUGGCUCCUUCGCAGCGGGCCCAGGUGAGGCUGCCGUGGACGCCCAGCAACCUGCGCCGCCUGGCUCCCCUUCGCAUCAGCACUCGCUCCACCGACUCCUUCGUGCUGGCCGACGCUCCUGCCACGCAGCAGAGGGACUACGAGGAUCUGCCGCCACCUCCAUCUCCACCUCCACCCCCACCGCCACCGCCUCACAGGGACGAAAGCCGCAUGUAGCAGCACCCCACCCCUCCUCCAGCUCCCUUUGACCUAACUGCCAAAGACUCAGAACCUCAGACUUUGCACUGUCUACUCAAAAUAUUGACUAGGGAAUGUUUUCUUUUCCGUGCCAUUGUUUAAUCUUAGUCCUGAGUUCCUAGACAAAACACUAACAGUCACACAACCUUUGUGCUCCCGGUGCAGCUUCACUCGUUGCUCUAACUUCACCCUUCACAGAGCAGAGCGAAGCUGCACGUAAAGCCAGAGAUCCUGUAUGCACAGUGGCAUGUUAUUUACCAGCACAUGUUGAACAUUAUCUUGUCUUCUCCUCUGGUUCAUAGUAAAGCACUCUAACUCGGGUUUCCACGGAGGAUUUCUCCCCCCGAAUGUGGGUCAGAAACUUUUUUUUUUCCAAGAAUGUAGUUAUUUAUGGAUUGUGUUGUUAAUAAAUUUAAUUAGAUUGAUAUGAAAAUAAUUCUGACUUUAUAAUCUGAACAUAACAUUUUUGUGUCUUUUCUCAUUUGUCUCAGAGUUGAGAUAGAGCUUGAAUUUAAACUUGAAGAAUAAGACCUUUGUAAAAUUGUCACACAUAUGAUGAACUUGACAUAUUUAUUCACAAGUGACGUUUGGUAUUGUGUAUACAUUUCUGCUAACUCGAACCUGUGCGCAAUGGAGUCAGUUACAUUUACUUUACAUUUAUAAACCUCCAACAAAGACCACUUUCCCUGACUGGAUAUUGUUGUGAACUGUGUGGAUUUAGAAAUAAAAAUGAAGGAAAAAAUC